ACCUGCAGUUGCAACCUACUAUCAGCAGGUCCACCUUACAUCAAAAUAAACGUUGAAAAUUUUAUUUUUAAAAAAAAAGGACUAAACAAGAAUUUUCUACUAUUGAUUUAAAACAGUUUUACUUAUCAGAUGUGCGACUAAAAGGGCCGAUUAAACCCUCACAAUAACAGACAAUGGCUAGCCUACUGGGUGCUGCCUCUAUCCCUUUCAUAGCAUGCAUCAGUCUGCUGGCAGCUAUGGUCUUACAGAUCCUUUCAUUUGCUGCACCUUAUUGGGCAUACUCUGAUACAGAAGAUAUUGGCCUCUGGAGGAGAACCAAUUGUGUUCAAAGAAAUGGGGUGUCUGGCUGCUAUAGGACUGACCACCUGUGGUAUUAUUAUACAGAAUGGAUUGAUGCAGUGCGUGCAAUGGAAGCUUUGACCAUCAUUUUCUGGGCCAUCCCACUGAUUGUUUUGCCUGUUUAUAUCUAUGUGGCACUUGGUCUUUACUACAGAUGUACCAUUGGUACUAUGACAGUACUCACAAUUCUUGGAGCAAUUACAAAUUUAAUUGGUGUAAUCAUCUUUGGUGCUAAGAUUGGAGAAAAUUCUGCCUGGCGUGCCAGCUGGAGUCUCAUCUUGUGUGUCAUUGCUUGUGGCCUGGGUAUUGUCGCAUUUGUAUUCCUGCUGAUUGCUUGCUGCAAGAAGCCUCCAAAGUUCAUUGUAGCAAGUCAUUUUCACUCAGCAUUUUAUGUUGACCCAGACAGAAACAGAAUGUAUGUGGUAGAAGAUGUGGAGCAAGUAAAAAAUGGUACCAUAAUAGGAGGAAUGGGACAAAUCAAUCCAGUUUUAGAAGAUGAUUAAUUUUUUUGUGAUUGACAUUUUAUAAUUUGCUUUUUGUAUAAUAAAAUUUUUUGAUAAAUACACUGUUUAAAAAUAAAAACACCACAUUUUUAAAUGUAAGAAAAUUUACUGCAAUUUUUGUAAGAAUGACUGAAAUGUUGUAAUAUAUUAAUAUCUUAUUUAAUUUUGUCUUCCAAAACUGAUGUUCUGUUAUUUUUGCAUUACUUCUCAGUUUCAAUAUUUUAUAGUAGAUUUAUAACUAUAUAUAUGUUUAAUAUUACUGGAUGUGAUACAUCGUUUAUUAUUGGCUUGUAAGAAAAAGUAAAUUGUAAGAAAAUAUUUUUUAAUUUCAGGAUAAUUUCAUUUUUUCUUCAUUUUGGACCUUGCAAUUUUUAAAUAACACAAUAAAAACCUCAAAUAAAAUCAGA